CCAGAUCUCAAUCUGCACAGCGCAGCCAGCAAGGGGAACAUCGCGCUCGUCGAAUAUGCUCUCACUCAUGGGCAACCGGCCAACAGCGUCCUUGAUGGUAUAUUACCCAUCCAUGCGGCUGCCGCCAGUGGGAGUGAACAAGUCCUCAACCUCAUUUUGAAUCAUGGUGCCGACGUCAAUGCUGCUAGAUUACCACGCAAGUUGAGUGGUGGUGACAAGUCCAAAGUUGGCAACAAUACCGUUGGCACCUCAGGCUCAACUGCCCUUCAUUUUGCCGCUGCGAAUGGUCAU